AUGUCUUCCUUCUCUUUCCUACUCCUCUGCAUCCAGGCUUGCCUGAUCCAGAAUGCCUUCUCGCAAGUGUUAGGCUACUACAACCCCAUGGACGUUGAAGUCGACGCUCUCAGCUACGGAAUCUCUGGAGGCCUCAGCGGCUACGGAGUCGGCGCCUCUGGAUACGGACUUGGCAGCGCCAACAUCGGACUUGGCGGCGCCAGCGCAAUCGGUUAUGGCAGCGCCAACGUCGGACUUGGAGGCGCCAGCGCUAUCGGACUUGGCAGCGCUAACAUUGGUGGCGGAAACAUUAUCGGUCUUGGUGGCGCCAACGCAAUUGGACUUGGCAGCGCCAACGCCAUCGGACUUGGCAGCAUCAACGCUGGUGGCUGGUCAGCAGGCAACGUUGGCAGCGGCUUCACUGGCGGAUACGCGCCCUCAGACGUUGCCGCCGUUGCCGCUCUGCCAGUCUCCGGCCCGUACGGCGGUACUGGCUACGGAGGAUUGGCCGUCGGAGGCGAUUUCAACGCCGGUGGUACCGCCAUCGUGACCGGCCAGCUGCCAGUGCUUGGCGCGGUGUCGUUCAAUGGCAACAUCCCCGCCAGUGGCGUCGUGUCCAUCGCUGGCAACUGCCCCUGCGGUGGCGUGCAGCUCUAAGUACA